AUGCCUGUUUCGCGUAACUACUGGUACCGUAUAUGGGGAGCACAUCGUCACCCAUUUACUUUAAAAGAAGCUGGUCUUUAUUCCCGUCGUGUAGAUCAACGUUUACGUACGUAUUUAGUGAUGGAACAACAUGGUCCUGGCAAAAGUCGUGCUCCAACUCAGUACGAUACUCUACGUGAACCAGUAUAUCGAACAAAAUGGAUAAAAACCUGGAAUGCUGAUACUCCGAUAGAUACUCAACGUAUUUUUAAUGAAUUUUCUGUAUUUAGUACUGAUUAA